GUCAAAAAUCGUCAAAAUGGCCGAUUGCAUCUAAAUAUGGAACCUAUAUAAUAACAUUGUGCGACAAUAAAGAUAUUUUUUGUCGAAUACUACUUUUCUGAACUUAAUGACAUAGCUAACAAAGUGUACGGUAUGUUCCCGUUAACUCCGCCGGUCGUGAAGCGAUUGUUGGGCUGGAAAAAAGGACCCGAGGGAUCGUCGGCCGCAGAAGAUAAAUGGUCCGAGAAGGCCGUAAAGAGUUUGGUAAAAAAAUUAAAGAAAAGCGGGGCUUUAGAAGAGUUAGAAAGGGCAAUCUCGAGUCAGAACAGUCAUACGAAAUGCGUUACGAUACCCAGGGUGAAGCCGAAUGAGAGUGGCAUCAACGGACAGUACAGGAAAGGCCUACCGCAUGUGGUUUACUGCAGACUCUGGCGUUGGCCUCAGUUACAGAGCCAACAUGAACUGAAGCCAGUGGACCAUUGCGAGUAUGCAUACCAGCUGAAGAAGGACGAGGUGUGCAUUAAUCCCUAUCAUUACAACAAAAUCGAUUCGCCUGCUCUUCCCCCGAUCCUGGUGCGUCGCUGUAGCGAGGGCGAGGUCCGCGCCCCUCCGCCCUACGCCGACUACCACCAGCCAAUACUGCACGAGCACCCUGACGUUGCCAUGCAGUCUGGUACAGGACACAGCGCACUGUAUCUCGAGGCUACACUUGCACAACACGUGCCGGGCAACACAACUGUACACGUGAGCUCCUCAACAGUGGAGACUCCGCCCCCAGGCUACAUCAGCGAAGAUGGAGACCCGAUGGACCACAAUGACAACAUGAACCUCACACGUCUAAGUCCGUCACCUGGCGGCCUGGCGUCCGAGGCCUCGCCGGUGCUGUACCACGAGCCGGCGUUCUGGUGCAGCAUCAGCUACUACGAGCUGAACACCAGGGUCGGGGAGACGUUCCACGCCUCGCAACCUUCCAUCACGGUCGACGGAUUCACCGACCCGAGCAAUAGUGAGAGAUUUUGUCUCGGCCUGCUUUCGAACGUGAACAGGAACGAAGUCGUCGAGCAAACGCGCAGACACAUCGGGAAAGGAGUCCGGCUGUAUUAUAUAGGGGGUGAGGUCUUCGCGGAGUGCCUGAGCGACUCCUCGAUAUUCGUGCAGAGUCCGAACUGCAACCAGCGCUAUGGCUGGCAUCCGGCCACCGUUUGUAAAAUACCACCAGGUUGCAACUUGAAGAUAUUUAAUAAUCAAGAAUUCGCGGCCCUCCUGUCGCAGUCGGUCUCGCAGGGGUUCGAAGCCGUCUUCCAGCUGACCAGGAUGUGCACAAUACGAAUGAGCUUCGUCAAGGGGUGGGGGGCUGAAUACAGACGGCAAACUGUAACUUCAACUCCGUGUUGGAUCGAGCUGCAUCUCAACGGUCCUCUGCAGUGGCUGGACAGAGUCCUCACACAGAUGGGCUCUCCGCGUCUGCCGUGCUCCUCUAUGUCCUAGAUUUUAUACGCGAUAACAUACUCAAUAAUGGAGGCGAAUAAGGUGAGUUUAGCUCAACCAGAACAUAAUUCUACAGUGGAGUAUUAAGUUAUAUAUUCUACAAAUAUAUAUAAUUAUAAAUAUAGAGUUUCUACUAUAGCAUGUCCAUGGAAACAUGUGAUCGAAAUUCGACCGUAUUCACUGAAACUACAAGGUUUAAUUUUUUCGAUUCCAUUCUCUCUUUUGUUUGCCUCAUUAACUCAAUUUCGACGAAGCGGAUUUUUUUUAUUAUUGACAACCCUAAAGUUGGUCUAUGGUUACUAAACAAACUGAGAAAUAAAAGAGAAAAAAUGGUACUUAGUUUUAUGUAGUACACGCAUAAGAAACAUGAAUAUUGGAUUUGAUUGACGCAAGAAUGAUAGCUUCAUUCACAUUGAGAUAAAAAAAAAAAACUGUAAUAAGAGUCGUCUAUUAUCAAAGGUGGCAAUCUGUGCAUUUGGACAAAAAAAAUGUUAUUGAUAUGUCAAUACAGAUUGAUUUGAAUAUAAUCGUCUCCUUCAAAGAAUACGGUUCAAAACCUGCAUUAAAUAAAGGUUAAUAGUUAACCUGUUAUUUAUCUAAGAUGUCGUUCAGAAGAUUUUUGUGACUGCCAAUGGAAUACAAAGUCAAUAAUUCGUUUUUCUGAUUUACCAAUAAUUUUCCAAAAGUCACAUUGCCGGCUUUGAUAAUAGUCGACUCAUAACCAGAUUGUAUCAGUUUGUGUGUCUUCAUUGGGAAUAUGAAAUGUGAACACAUUUAAAAAAAAAAAAUCAACAUCUAUGUCUCUCACAGAAGAUUGUCUUUGAAAAAAAAAAAUUUACAGCCAACCUUGUGGUUCUAGUGAACAGAAAAAAAAUCUAUAUAAAUACAUGUUUUCUUUUUUAAUUCUAUUUAUAUAUGUCGUUAGUUGUGUUUUAGACGUUUAUUAAUUGUUAUCGCUUACGAUCGGAUGGUCGUGUUCUAUUAUUAAGCGUUGAAAAGAUUGGUUAAAAACCUUGCAUGAUUUUGGUAUUACAGAUUAUAUUAUGAACGACCAUCUUGAAAAAUGUUGUUAGACUGAAAAAAAAAAAUGUUGCUCUGUUCUAAAACGCAACUGACGUACAUCACAUUUGCCAUUGUAUAAAUGCAUUUAAUUAUAUUUCAUUAGGUUAUAAUAUUGUUUUUUUUUUAGUAAUUAAUAUUUUUUAGCUUUGACAGAAUGUAAUCAUUUCUCUAAGAAUAAUUACAAUAACACUUAUUAAGGAAAUGUUAUAUAUUUUUACAUUAUAGUCAGUCGGUUAGUUUCAAAGGCGUUCAAAAUUCUCUAUGAAAGCUUAUACAAUUUAAUAAAUCACUCAUGAUAUAAUUUUCCACUGUCAUGUGAAAUUGACACCAUCGUCUCAAAAUGGCCAAAGAAAAUAAUAAGCACUUGUCAAUUAGAAAAAAAAAACAAAAGCUACACCACCUUUGCAACUAAUCGACUAAAAUUUCAAAAAUUUGAAACGAGAUUCUAUAUAGCAAUAAAACUGUACAAAAAGUUUAUAAUUAAUGAAUAAUAUCGAUUAUUCAAUAUCGAUUUUACAUCACAAUUGAUUAGUAAUUAUUUUCAUAAAUUGAAAAAUUGAUAAUUUUAGUGUUUAAGAUGAAAAUGUUUGUAGAUUAAAUUCUUAUUUGAAUUGUGGAUGCUGAAUCGAGAAGUAAUUUGAUCUAUUACAAUAAUAAUGGCUCUACCGUUUUAUCUUUUUUUACGAAUUAUACAAAUCCAUUGAGACGUACUCUGUGUUAUUUUAGAGAUGUUUGGUAGGCAGCGGCUUGGCUCUGCCCCUGGCAUUGCUGAAGUCCAUGGGCAACGGUAACCACUCACCAUCAGAUGGGCCGUAUGCUCGUCAGCCUACAAGGGCAAUAAAAAAAAAAAGAUGUACCCUAAAGAGUACAGUAAUUAUAUAAAACUUUAAUUCGAAGUGAGCAAAAAAAAAACCACAUCAAUUAAUAUUUUUUUCGUGUCUAUUAAGAUUAUUAAAAAAUCUGAGACAGGCUAAAAGGUCGUGUAACCAAUGGACGUAAACGAAAAAAUUUAAUAACUUCGUUAACAAUUGAUAAUUUAUGAUAUGUUUAUAUAUGCAAAUAAUUAUAGCAUAUAUUUAUCAUUGCAUAUAUUAGCAUACAUAUAUUAGCACAUGUGCGUUUUUGUUCUUUUCUAUCCCAAAUCUACUUGACGUAUUUUGAGAUGGACCAUUUGAAGGUGUUUAUUUAUUUUUUUCAUUCAAAUAUCUCGCAUCUACAAUAUAAAUGACAAUUUUUACACGUAGAUUUUUUAAUAUUAGUCAUACAUAUAUAUUUAUACAAUACGUUAUUAAAAAUAUCACAAUUUUUAAAUGUAUUUUUUUAAAGAAAUAACAUAGUUUUUUUUUUGCUGUAAUUUAUAUGAUAGUUCUUGUGUACGUUUGAUAAAUGUUAGCGUCUUAAUAUUAUGUUUUUGUAUGAAUUUGUAAACUGAAAGAGUUUGUAACUUGGAAAAUAAGGAACGUUUUUUUUUUUCAAGUACAGGACGAGGGUAUAGGCCUCGAGAGUCCCCUGAUAAGCUAAAUUAAGUAUGCGGUGUGCUGACCUUGACGUAUCUUAAAAUUUGGUGGUGCAAAAAGUAUUUGCAUUUCCGUUGAUGGUCUGCCUUUGAUUUGUGGCCCUAAUACCGAUACUACUGAAACUAAUAAUGAUAAAGUGUAAAUGGGUAUAUAUUUUGUAAAAUAUCGUACUUUUUUUCUUUGUAAUUAUUCCGUAUUCUAUGAUGGCACCUAGAAAUAUCCUCGACCUCGACUAGAAGGUCGUUGUACGCCUCGGAAGAAAAAUAAUCAAAUAAUCGCCAUGUUGAAGGAUUUAUUUUUAAAUUAAGAAUAACGAAUUUUGUUCUGAGUUGAAGUUCCGAGGAGGUUUCAUUACGGCAUCAAAGUGAAAUUAAAACUGUCAUAAUUUUAAAUUUAGAAUGCCGCAAAUUAAACUACUCUCUCAUUUUGGCGAUCACGGUUACGUUUUGUUAGAUGUAGUUUCCUGUGUUGGAUAAGAGAUGGCGCUAUAGCACUAGCCAAUUUCAUCGCAGUUAUAUCGAUAGAUGGCGUUGUGCAUUUACGUCCCCAUUUCUGAAUCGCGCUGACGAGAUGCUCUCUGUUUGAAUGACCUCUUGUCGCACACCAGUCUGAGGUAUCGCUUCUCGGCCUUUUGGCUAAGAUCAAAGUGUAGUAUCUGUUCUUUUCAGCUUAAUAUCUGAAAGUUCCCUCAUUGAGGGACCAGUAUAUUAAACUGAUUUUUGUAAAACGAUGGGAUGUUCGGGGCUCGCUCCACUCCCGUCACGGGUCGGCCCGGCAUUGCAGUGCCGCCGGGAUCGGCCCUCAGAAUUCCUUUAUCACACUCUCUGGUUCCUAUACAAGGCAAACAGAUUUUCCAUAGUAAACUUGAGGGAAAUCGUACCCUUUCGGUUCUGUUUCUCGCAAAAGAGCAUGCUUUGCAGAAUCUGCCACUGGAUCAAAAAUUCGACCCACUGAGAAGGAAGAUCUGGCGAGAAACUCAGUGAACUAGGUCUCCGACUCCUUUUUUUUUUUUUUUUCUACUUAAGCUGAUAGCCUUAGAGGCUAUUUCAGCGUAACCGUGGCUAGUAGGUGAGCUCACGAGGCUCAAACCUGAUGACGUUGCUAACACGAACCCUAACAAGAGCCGUGCUUCGCAGAAUCUACCACCGGAUCGGAAACGCGACCCACUGAGAAGAUCCGGCGAGGAACUCAGUGGGCUGUGUCUGAGAGUUAAUUUACUCGUCGAGCCCUUCGUCGCAAGCGACGGGUUCGACGAGAACGGUGACCGGUGCUUGAAGUACCUAAAAGCACCUCUCCGACUCAAUGGUCGAUCCUCCCAAAGAAACCUAUUAACAAAGUCAUUUAUUUCAUUCACUGUUUCCAAUCCGAAUAGCUAUUGGAAAAUAAUUCACAAAGUUAAAUACUGUAUCCAGGAUUUGAAAUUUGAUACUAAAUAAUAAGCAAAGGAUAAAAUGGCUCAUUUACUGUUAAAAAAAAUUUCUCUGCCAUAUACUACCAAUAUUAUGCUUAGUUAAGUAAAUGAUGGAUCAGUCUUAGUUGGGAUAGGCAUUGUACAUGCGAUAUUUUGUUGAAAUUUAUGCCCAUUUAUACAGUUAAAAUGUGAAUAAUAUUCUUUUUUAAUGAUUAGGUAUCUGAAGUAAAGUUUAUUGUUUAAUAUUGAAAUAUAUUAAAUAUAGUUUAAUAUUAAACUGUAUUACGGCGUAAUGUAACAGUAUAUUACACAACAUUUUAUUGUAUUAGUUUUAAUAAAAACUUGCUCGAGAUAUCGUCUUCUCGCAUUAAAACUGUAUAAUCUAAAAACUUUUUAAAUUUUACAAGAGAGUGUUUUAAAGGUUUAACAUGUGAUAUUUUUAAUAUUAAUCAUCUUUGCAACGCUUAUCUUUUAGCUUUUACCAGUUACAUUAUCUGUAUUUUAAAGUAAGAUAAAAUUAUGUAUUAAUUUUGUUAAUAGAAGUCAAAAUAUAGGUAAACUAACAAAAAAAAAUAACAAAACUACCUUCUUUUGACAGUAUUUAGAGAGAAAAAUACUGGUGAUACCAAAUGUUUACGCAUAUUAACUCAAUUUUGAAUAUUUUUGGAAAUUGUACACUUUUAAUGCGAAAAGACGAUAUGUGAGAAGCGAUUGUUAUUAAGUAGUGUUUUUGGUGUUCGUUUUUCAAAACGAAUCGGGCAGGCGAUCGUCGUGAAAUGUGAAUACGAAGGCGCCCGACCGGAUUCCGAAGCGCGGGACUUAUUGGCGCGAACCGUACAAGCGUCAACCGUUUAUCGUAUGAUAGUAUUGCCAAUGAUUCUGUUUAAUUUUCACUAUUUUUUUUGUAUAUACAUUUGUUUUUUCGUUAACUACCGUAUUAUCGCUUAAUUUCAAAGAUAACGUUGCGUUUUGUAACGUAAGCCACCAGGUUGUGAGCGUGAACACUAAGUUUGAUUUUACGAAAUUGUUUUUUUUUUUUUUAUUUAUUUUUUUUUAAUCUAGAUUUUAAGACAAACGGAUAAGUUGAGAAUGCGAAUGAGAAUGUAACGGGUCAGAGUUCCGAAAUGUCGGAAUGUAAAUGAAUGCAAUAUCAAGGUAUGGUGCUAAGCUGUUCGGAAACGGGUGUGUUAAUGUCGUGGGAUCGCUUCCCGGUAUAGAGAAAACGUAUUUGAUUAUAUUUUGCGAGACCAUUCAAAUGUAACAUAGAUUCUGGACAUCAGAAUGACACUUGUUGGCGUUAUUAUAACUUCUUAAUAUGAUAUAAGUAGGGUUGCCAGAUUUUUUUUUCAGCCUAUAAAAGGCAAAUGCUUAAAUGGGCAAAAAAUAUGGGAAUUUAGUUUUUUUAUUAUAUAGUGACAUUCUUUAUUUAUUUUUUAUAUUUCUCCGAGGAGCAAGUCAGUUUUAACAUAUUUUUAUCGGUUUUAUAAUAACAUGUUUAUAAAAAUCAAUACAAUUAUAAUCGUACGAUUCGAAUACGGGACAGACCCAGUCCCGCCGGAACAUUUUAAACUAAGCCUAAAAUACGGGACGUCUGGCAACCCUAGCUAUAAGAUUAAUUGAUCUAUAUAUACACGAAAAUGUCGUCUAAAAUAUCGAGACCCCAAGAAAAUAUAAAGUCACGUAUAGUUUUUUUUUUUUAAACUAGACGCGACCUUGUGCUUCUCUUGUCGAGUAUUGUAUUAGCUUCCUAAAUAUCAAUUGUGUUUGCGUUAAGCUUUUUAAACUAUGUGUACCUCUAUUCAUAGGAAACAAUAAAAUUGUGUGCUUUCAUUAAAAACUAAGCGCAGUGCGUAUAAAAUUCCCAAGAAUAUCCUACGAUUUGUGUUGAAAAUAACAUUUAUGAAUUGUUAACUGUCAGAUGACGUUAUGGCGUUGUCAUGAAAUUUGUUUACGUUGUGUUAAUUAUCUUUUUUUUACGUAUUUUAUUAUCGAAAUGGCUUCCAUGUUUUUUGCUAAUUGCGAUCUCACGGUUAUUAUGUGAGAAGGUGAAAAGAUGAAACUGCAAAUAAAGUGUGUGGUUUUUUUUUUUAA